AUGGAUUUCCACCUGGUCCCUCGAGGCACGGAUCGAAACUACACGGGCUUCCUAACGAAAACCAUCAUCUAUUCAGGCACGCUAGUCUUCUUCCUGGCAUCCUUCGCCCUGACACUAUGCUCGAUCGUAAUCCCUAAAUGGGUCAGCUAUAGCAGCGAAAAGCCUGCGCACCACUACUCCUACGGCCUCCACCAACGCUGCUCCUCCCUCACCGAUACGUGCGAAAGCUUCCCACAGCGCGAAGACUGCCAUGGAGAAGACCGGUAUUUCUGUUCCAUGUGGCGCUCCGUCGGGUUCUUGAUGUCGUUCGCGGUCGUGUUCCAGGGUAUGAGCGUCGUUACGUACCUGGUGAUUCUCUCCGGCGGGAAGCGGCUCCGCGAGAACGGAUGGAGGCUCCUCAGUCUGCUUAUUAUUAUUUCGGCAUUUUUGCAGGCUGCGAGCAUGUCCAUAGUGGCGUAUCUCUACGAUAACGAAGACCGGUUUUUCGUGGGCUGGAACCUCGAUGAGUCGUGGAUCUUUUGUACUAUCAGCUGGUGCCUAGGUCUUUUCUGUGCUGGCGUGGUCGUCGUUGCGGCUCAUGUGUUGCCCUCCGAGGGUGGCUAUGAGCUGAUUCCGGAUAAUGAUGACCUCAGGGUGGGUUCUUGA